CCCUUUCCUCCCCCGCCCCCCGCUCGCCAUCCGCAAUGCCCCGAAAGGCCGCUCCCUCUGCCGACGCUGGUGAACCCCGCCGGUCCUCCCGCAUUAAGGACCUGCCCAAGCCCGUCGAGCCUGCUCCAAAGAAGGCCCCCGCCAAGCCGCGCUCCAAGAAGGAGAAGGCACCCGCCGCCGACGGCGAAGAGAAACCUAAGUCAACCAAGGGCCGCAAGCGUGCCGCACCUGAGAAGGAUGCCGAAGACGCCGUGAACGGCGACGAGCCGCCGGCAAAGAAGGCGAAGCCCGCCUCGAAGGCUGCCGCUAAGCCUGCAAGCAAGGCCGCAUCCAAGCCCGCGUCCAAGGCGUCGCGUGCAGGCUCCGCGAAGCCCGCAUCGCGGGCACCCAGUGCUAAGCCGGCGUCGCGCGCGUCGGCGAAGCCCCCAUCAGCAGCUGCGAAGAAACCUGCUUCGCGCGCGGGGUCCAAGAAGCCCGCAUCCAAGGUUGGCGCCGCCGAGAAAGAGAAUGACGCUGCUCCCGCGCCUGAGACCAUCGCUGAGGAGCCCGAGGCGGAGGAAGCCGCUGAAGCUGCCAACGAGGAUGGCAAAGACGCGGACGCGUGAUAGUUCCGACGCGAACAACGCCCUAUGGGCAAUUAUGCAAUUCCUUACACCUCUCGUCUCCUGCUGUCGCCGCCUCGCUUUUUAUCUCUUCUAUUUAAACUACCCGCCCCGACCGGAACCCUACCACCCCUGCGAUCCCACUCGAUCCCCUCCCCUCCUGAUCUCUCUCCCUGGAGUUCCGCGGACUUUUCUCUGCCCCUCGCGCUGCCGGGCUCGGUCGGUGCGGUGGCGCCUGUACAUACGUCUUCCCGCGUCCUGUACUCUUCUUUCCCGGCUUUCUCUGCGUCUGUGCGUCGUCUUGUCGUCGAAUGCUGGUCUUUACUGCUUUCCUUCGGCUCGUUUGCAUGUACUGGCGCUGUUAGAUUACUAGUGUUGUUUUACUUUUCUGUGUGUACGAAUGAAGCAGUUUCCC